AUGCGGCCGACCCUUCGAGCUCUCGCCAACUACCUGGAGCCCGGGACUCCGACCGGCCUCACGGGGCUGUGGACGCACAAGACGCCCCGGUCAACGCUCCUUUACCUGUACAACACCACGCUCAACCGACUGCAAAGCAUCCCCGAGACCUCGCUGUACCGCCAGUCCGUCGAGGCGACCACCAAGCAUCGCAUGGGCCUCGUCGAGAAGAUUGUCCCCCCCGGGUACGAAGAGUGGACUGUCAAGGCCAAGGAGCUGAUGCGGAAGUACCCCCACCAGUUCGAGUCUGCAAGCGAUCGAGCCGAUGGCAGUGGUGCCAGGACUGUCAAGUUUGGCAACCGCGUCUUUGUUGUUGGAAUCGCGCAUGAAGCCGGAGACGUCCGUGUCGAGGAAUGGAAUGGCGAGAGCCCGGUGGCUAGCGGCGACAUCAUCCCAGAUCCGUCGGAACAUCAAAACAUCAACGACGUCAAGCUGGAGUGGGAGGAAGAACCUCAGUUGACUGCUGAACAGGUCAAGGAACUUGAGCAGCAGCUGGGCGCUGGUCUCAUCGAAGAGGUCAUCCAGGUGGCGGAAGGUGAACUACAGUUGAUUGAUACCAUGGAAAAGGCGCAAGUCUGGGAAGAUCUGGAAGAAAAGCCGGCUCCAGGGCAGUGGACAUAUUUCGAGCGGCAAACGUCAUAAGAUUCAGAGCUGUGUAUUCUCUAGUCUCUCAAUUAUCAAUACCAAUUCCAAUAUCAUUUCCCG